AUGCAUCUGUCUUUCAUUCCUCUCUAUGGCCUCCUCCUCAUCUUAAAGCUCCAGCUGUCCAGCACGUAUCCCAUGACCACCGGCUUGACUGGACCUGACAUGGACAUCUUAAAGAUGCUUCUUCAUAGACUAGAGGAGUCCGUGCCUGACGUGGACCAGAGAGUCUUUGCUGAGGGGGACAGUGCGGACAGCCUGGACAGAGACGAGGCAGCCUACGAACAGCUGCCUCCUCAAACCGGACUAGAUGAGGCAGCAAUCAGGGAGUUUCUCUCAGCAAAGAAUCUGAAGAGCGUCCGCAACGACUGGUCCAGAAAGUCCUCCAGCUGCUUCGGCCGGCGGAUGGAUCGAAUAGGCUCAAUGACCUCACUGGGGUGCAACACUGUGCGCAGAUCCAGUGAGUUGCAGUCACACAUAACCCUGUGUCUAAUGUUUGUAGUAAUGUGUUCAUAUUCUAAAGUUUAG